AUGGCACUCGACGACGCUACCUAUAGUCAACACCUUCACCACCGCGGGUCGGUAGACCAGCUGUUUGAGCUGGUGGAGGGCCUCGACGACACCCAGAUUCAUUCGCUGCUAGAGGAUUUUAACAAUACCGUCACGAGCAAUGUUCCCGUCUCCCACGGUAUCGAGUUUUUCGAACACCCGAGCUCUGUGAUCUGCCUCGGCACCGAUACAGCGCCCUCAGACUGGUUUGCCGCCUGCGACAAGACACUACCGACGAAUCAGUCGACCUGUUCUGCCAAUGCUGUCAAAUGGUCCAGAACUGGAUGCUUUGCUAUCGGCCUACCUGUCGCCUGCGCCGCCUUCAACAUCGCACAAGACCAUCUCCCCAUCGAGGUCGAUAGCCAGCAGCUCUACUCUAAGCAUCGAGGCGGAAGACUCGGGUGUUGA